AUGUGCAUGCACGAGGCAUCCACUCAGCACGACCUGGCCACACUGUCUACCACGAAUUCGUCAAUUAACACAAUAACUGGCCUUCAUAAGCAUAAGCAUAACCCCCAGGGCAUAUUCUGCACCACGCCUGGUUGCAAUAAGGGAGACCACGACCAUGACCAUUGUUAUGGCAAGGGUGGCGGGAUGGAAGGGCAGGCACCAUGGAUGUGCAAUAAGAAGGAGAAAACUGAGAAGGAAACCGUGUCAGCUGCUAUCGCGACCGCACCUACUCCUCCUACCCCUGCUAUUGCAGCCAUUGUGACAUCUGCCACUUUAACCAGUCUCUACACUGAUGUCUCCUUCGCGUCCAUCGCAGAGAUCUCUGAUGAAGUGUCGUGUGCCGUUUCUCUCCCUUUCUCAACGAUCCUCGACUCGGGGACAACUGUGACGCUCGUCAAGGACCAAAAAUUCUUUCAUACGUAUUCAAUGGAAGAAUCCAUGCCCGUGCACACUGCAAAUCACGGGAUUUUGGAGACAACUGGUCAUGGGACUUGUAUAGGAUGGAUGACGAUUGGCAAACACCAUUUACGCGUAAAGUUAUCUAACUGCUUGCACGCGCCCAACGCAAUGCUCAACCUUCUCUCCGUCUCUUGCAUGAACGCCAAGGGAUGGGAUGUCAAUUUCAAGUCGAACAUGACAUGCGAGCUGGGCUAUAAAGGAGACCUUCCCGGUGCCAUUCCUGCAACUGGCAAGCUAUACGCCAUCGACCUCGACUUCAUUCCCUUCACUGAGUCACCUCCCAUCAGCUCAUCCACGCCCGAAAUCGCUGCGUUCAUCCAAGCUCCACUCACACUUGACCUCUGGCAUGCACGCCUAGGUCAUCUAGGACGGAAUGCAGUGUCACGCCUGGACAAGGUCGCGAAGGGCAUGACAAUCAAUUUGGAGUCCCCUCUGUCGACGUCUGCUAGCAUCGAAAGAUCAGGCAUUGAGUGCGUGGACAACUACCCGUGCCAAAUGGGAGAACAUGUCUGGUCUCCGAGUGAAAGUAUUUCGCUCGGAUAA